AUGCAUCCUGACCGGGAAGGUCAUCUCCAGAGGCUGGCUUCUGGUUAUCACUGCAGCCAGUGUGCUGCCCAGCAGAACAUGUUCCUCAACACCCUACUCCCAAACAGGCCGCCAUCUUGGCUUAGCCAGGCUGAGGCCAACGAUGCCAAACCCAUUUGGACAAUGCUGUCUCCUCCAAGCCAGAUCCCAAAAUAUGCUGCUUUCCCACUGCUAAAGCAAAAGAAAAAAAAGAUUUAUUCAAGGAUUUAUUCCCCUGCAGUGAACCUGACUGAACUGGCUGCCCUUUGGCCUGACCUUGGGAAAUUGAAAAAGAUUCUGUACUUCCAGGAAAACCAAUUGGUGUAUCCUGUCAAGAAAUGUCAGGAGAGGGAUUUUCAAUAUGGAUACAACCAAAUUCUUUCAUGCUUAGUGGCUGAUGUGGUUGUAUUCAACUCAGUUUUCAAUAUGGAGUCAUUUCUCAUUUCUAUUGGAAAAUUUAUGAAGCUGAUUCCUGAUCACAUGGCCAAGGAUCUAGAAAGAAUCAUCAGACCCAAGUGCCAAGCUAUUUACUUUCCCAUCAGGUUUCCUGAUGUGAGCAGAUUCAUGCCCAAGCACAAAAUAACCCAUUUAAAGAAGAUGCUCAGCCUUAAAGGAAAUGGCAGUGCUGCCCUCUCCAUGGCUCUUCCUUUACAGCUGGAGCAGAGAAACCCUGAGAAUUUAUUGGAGAAUUUUAAUUCAGUGGACAGUGUAUACUCUGACCUUCAUACUGCACAGGAAAACCUGGAUAACUCAUCAAUGCAAGGGUCAGACUUGAAACAUUCAAACUCAUCAGAUAAUUCAAGAUCUCAUCAUGGAGAAAAUACACAACAUCUGACUCUUCAUUCUUUUGACAGUCUGGGUGGAGGUGAUGAUCAGCAAAGACCGAUGCACAUUGUCUGUCCUCACAGGUGGUAAGUCAAGACAUGCAAUUGAGUAAAAACUGGCAAUAGAAAAUAUAUUCCAAUGACUGACUUACUGAUUUGCUGUCCUUGUAGCUUUAGAAAAAGAUCAUUUUAAUGUAAUAGUACUGAUAUAGUGAAAGAU